AUGAGCCAGAGCAUCGACGAGGUGCUGCUGGGCACGCCUGCGCGAGGAGCCGGUGGAGGCGAUGAGGAAGGGGAAGGGGAGGGGGACAAGUUUGUCCGGCAGCUGUUCGAGAGCCUGCUGCUGGGGACGAGGGCAUCGAACGCCAUCCCCGACGGAGAGGGCCAAGAGGACUACGCGUACAACGCCACUUUUCCCGAGUUCAGGUCGAGGGCCGAGGGCUGCGGGAAGCAGGUGCUGGAGGUGAUCCAGAUCUUCCUCAACCACGUUAGUCAGGAGGGGGAGCUCGGCCUGCCGGAAGUCGGCGACGCGGGAGACCCCGAAGUUUUCCAGGGCAUCGCGGACGUUGUGGAAACCCUGCUGGAGGAUGUGGACUCUUAUCUCGACGAGGCCGCCGGAAAAGGCGCCAAUCAGCAGGUGGCACUCAUGCGGCACCAGCUCAAGACGGUGGCGUCCGCGGCUCGCAGUGGCCCCGCCAAGUACGCUUCGAUGGUGUCCAACGUGGUGGACAUGCCCAAGCCCCAGGAGGCGUUCCAGGAGGAGAUCGACAACAGCAGGGAUACCCCGUUCGUGCCGAAGCUCAGGGAGAAGCCCAACGCCGUCACUCCCCUUGACCUGGCUCCGAUUUCUACGCUUUCCACUUCGAUGGGCAUGGAGCUAGAGGGUAGAGCGGAGGACUCUAUGUCAGGGUCCGGCUUGUUGGACUUUCACUACCCGCACCCCUACGAGGUGGAGAUCAGGGCGUUCCACUACAUGCCGGCACAGGUGAAGGCCCCGUUAGAUUCGCAGCUCGUCCGGCCGGUCCCGCUGGUUGGGGACGAAGGCCACAAAGCCCCGGCGGCCACCUUCGUCGACACGGUGGAAGCGCUGGACUCCAUGAUCUCCGACAUCCUCGGAGAUGGCGCUCCUGGCGGCGGCGGAGGAGGAGGAGGAGGAGGAGGCGGUAGCAGCUCCGGCAGCGACGACGAGGGCGGGGGUGGUGGUCCCGCCAGGGAGGCGUGCCGAGAGAUCGCGGUGGACCUCGAGCACCACUCCUUCAGAACGUUUCUGGGAGUGGUCUGCCUGAUGCAGCUGUCCACGAGAGAACAAGACUACAUCGUUGACCCUCUCAAGCUACGGGGGGAGAUGGGAAGGCUACUGCCGGUCUUCUCCGACCCCAACAUCGUCAAGGUGUUCCACGGGUCUGACUCAGACGUGCUGUGGCUGCAGCGCGACCUGGGCCUGUACCUGGUGAACAUGUUCGACACCGGCCAGGCGGCGCGUCAGCUUGGGCUUCCCUCAUUCGGCUUGGCCCACCUCCUGGAGAAGUUUUGCGACUUCGUCCCCGACAAGAAGCACCAGCUGAGCGACUGGCGCAUGCGCCCCCUGCCGGCCGAUAUGCUCCUGAUCGACCUGGAGCGCAGUGGCGGAGACGUGGCCGUCAAGGCCGUCCUGGAUGCCUCCCGCGAGAUCUGCCUGAGGCGUUUCGAGAAGCCGGCGUUCCAGGAGAAGGGUUGGUCGGAGGUGCUGAAGCGGCAGGGGGGCAACGGAGUGCUGGAUGAUUUCGGGGACGUGCCGCGGAGGGUGCUCUCUGCCUUGUGGAGCUGGAGGGACAUGAUUGCCCGCGCUGAGGACGAGUCCUACGGCUACGUCAUGUCCGCGUACGUCAUGAUCCGGGUGGCGAGGAAGUGCCCUUCCAGCCGCGACGACCUCGAGGGCUGCGGCAACCCCCUCCCACGCCUGGUGCAGCAGCACGCCGAGGACAUAUUGGAAAUAGUGGAGAACGCCAAGGACGAGUCGGCGGGGUCCACGGAAGCGACAACGCCUCUCAACCCCCGCACGCCAAUGGGCGCCGGCACGAGGCCAACCGGCAGCAGCGCUGUGGGGAUCGGCGGCGGUGGCGGUGGCAGCAGCAGCUCAGGGAGGAGGCCAGGGUCGUCGACGCUGGGCGGGGAUGGAGGCGCGUCGUCGUCGUCCUCCAUCGGCAGGAGCAGGACUACCUUCAACCCGGUCUCUUCCGCGGAGCCUUACUUCCGACCGUUCAACGUGACGCCUUCGUCGGUGAGCCAGUUCGUUCUCGCAGAGGCGUCACGGGGGUCUCCGUCCCCGCUGCUCACCCACCAGUCCCCGGUCCUCAACACGGAGGAGCUCUACCGCGCCGCCGGCUGGAUGACCCCGCUCCCGAAAGACCCUUCCAAGAGGGACGGCGCCGGCGACACCGACGAGGACGAGGUCAUGGGGGACGCCGGAAAAGGCGCCGCCACGGCGGGGAGGCUAGCGGCGGUCUCGGCAAAGAACGAACAGCACGACACUUCCCAGCGGAUGGCGCACUCGCUUGCCCUCGGCAGCAGCGGGGGCGGCGGCGGCGGCGGCGGCGGCGGCGGGGCGGUGGCAGCGGCGACGGCUGCCGGGGUUGUCGCGAAGGAGGCGGAGGUGGCGGUGGCGGCGGUGGCGGCGGCGGACGCGGGCGUGCGGACGGCCGAUCGCAUCCGCGACGAGAUCGCCCGCGAGCCAGUGCUUUCGCUUGCCAACCUGGCCGGCUUCGGCGGGGAACCUGGCGCGGACGAGGGCGGCGGCGGCGGUGGUGGUGGCAGCGGAAGCGAAGUGGGGGGCGGUAGCAGCAGCGGGGAGGAGGCGGGCGGGGACCCCGGGGGCGAGGACAGCGCAGAAGAACCUGGGAUUCCCAAGAGCAUCGCCGAGAUCUAUGAGAUAUCCAACCGCAACCGGCGUCGCAACAAGGAGAAGAAAAAGCUGCGCGAGACGGCUGCAGACGCCACCUCCAACAGCCCGUCGCGAACGAAGCAGCAACAGCCGCAGCCCGGAGCCGGCCAACGUGCAGGCACUGACACAGCAGCGGCGGCAGCGGGUGGUUCCGCGGCAAGCACUGCCGACGCGGAGGGAGGCGCGUCAGCGACAGGCCCUGCCGCGAACUAUUUCUCAGGGAGAAAACGGCAAAAGGGAGACUUGGGUGCUGGUGGGCAACAAGGCUUGGGACUGCUUGCGGACAGGGGGCGAGGGGCGGGGGAUGGACGCGGCGGUGCGGAUGACACCAUGGAAUUUAUGGAGAAUCUGGGCUGGCUUAGCCACGAACAGCGCGAGGCCAUGGGCCAGCAGCAAGGCACCCCCGCCGCGGCUGCCGCCGCGGGCGGUGGCGAGAGCGGCGCCAACACCGCCCCCCAACUCGAGCCGCCAUCGGGCGCUGGCGGCGCUGGAAGUUCGGUCACAGAAGGCCUCGGUGGCGGGGAGCAAGCGGACGGCUACUCGCGCGCACGCCCCCGUGGCGGCGGUGGCGGUAGGCCCGGGGUGCCCGGCGGGGUAGGUAGCGGUGGUCGUGGCGGGCAGGGGCCGACCGGAAGGGUAGGCGGCAGCGGCGGCGCGGGGGGGGUGGGACGAGGGAAGGGAGCGACGCCAAGCAAAAGAGAUAGGGACGGGGGACGCGGCGGCGGCGGCGGCGGCGCAGACGGAGGCGGUGGCGGUGGGGGGCGGGGAGCGGGGGCCCAGCAGCCCGGGUUCCGAGGGUAUGACUUCAGUCAAGCCCCGCCGUCGAUGGGUGCAUUCCACCGUGAUGGCAGUGGCGGCACGCGUGGUGGUGCGGGUGGGGGGUUCAACCCGUUCCUUGCGGCCGGAGCGCCUGGCGCUGGGCCGGCAGCAACGGGUGGAGGGCGCGGAGGUGUUGCGGGCGGGCCCACGGGUUCUGCGGCCUACGGCGGGGGGCGUCAGCAGCAGCAACAGCAACAGCACUGGAGGCCCAGGCCGGACACCGAAAAGGCCAAGAGCAUGACGUACGGGACGCAGUCGAUGCAGGGUGUGGGACAGGGGCGAGGAGGGGGCGGGGGGAACGGACCUAGGAGAGGACGCUGAGACGGGGAUAGUCGUGAUGACUCUCUCGAAAGGGCGUCGCCCCCCUCACGAAGCAGUGACGCUCGGACCAACCGCUUCGCUUGGACGAAAUACAACUUUUGGUGCGGAGCAUGUAAUCUCUUGCAGGAAGGACAUGUCUGUAGGAGAUGGAUGUGUUGGGGCUCGCAACAUUCAGGAGGGGGAGCAUGUUGUUAGGUGUUACGUGCCCGUAAAUUUCGCGUUGCUUCUGAUUGGUCAAUAUUCCUUGGGUGGUUAGUGACGUUCGCCAGGAUCGAGACGUCGCGUAUUGAUCGAGGAGGCUCGACCCGUUUCUCUCCCUGCCUCAUCACGGUACAGCCGUCAUCCUCACCACAACGAUAGCACAAGGGUGCGGGAAAACAUACUUCCAAGAACUGGCGUGUGGGUUUGGAGAUUGGA